AUGGCGCCAAAGCGUUCAACGAGGCUUUUGGCUUUGAAAACCACCCAGAAAAUCAUAGAGAAAGUGGAAGUCUCGGUUGUUCCAUCCUCCGGACGAGAACAGGAGAUAACUGACGUCGCUGUACAGAAAUCACCAGUCAAAGUCAUCCCCGUCGAAGAAAAAUCACGUAAAACAGUUCGGAUUCCUGUCGAAGAAACACCAAGUUUAAAAACCAUUCCAGUAAAAACACCGGAGAAGGAGCAGGAGACCAUUGAUGAUCAAGAACCCGUUACCACUUCUGAGGAAGUAGCAGCAGAUAAUGAGCAGGAACAAGAAAAGGAAGAAGAAACAGAUCAGACCCAAGAAGGGAUAACUAGUAGUGAACCAGCUGGAACAACGAAAGAAGAGAAAGUUGAAAAGAGACCAUCAAGAAGAGGGAGACCAAGGAGGAGGAGGAAGAAGAAGAAAGGAAGUGAUGAAGGUAAUUAUAAAGGAUACAAGAGGUAUGUAUUUAAAGUGUUGAAGCAAGUACAUCCAGAGCUAGCUAUAUCAUCAAAAGCAAUGGUGAUAAUCAAUGGAUUCAUGAACGAUAUGUUUGAGAGAUUAGCCGACGAGGCAGCCAAUCUGUCGAGAUAUAGUCAUAAAGCGACGCUGUCUUCCAAGGAAAUUCAAGGAGCGGUGAGACUGGUUUUGCCUGGGGAGCUUAGCAAGCAUGCAACUGCUGAGGGAUCCAAGGCUGUCACCAACUACAUGUCCUUUCCUCUUCACAACUCUUAA